AGAUAAUAUAAUAAAGGUUAUUUUUUAUUCUUUAAUUAAAGAUCGAAGAUAAAAAUUGCAGUUGCGGUAUUUCUGUUUUUUGGAAAUAUUUAAAUUUAUGAGUAUAAGUGUAAAGUACCUAUUACGAUUGUAAGUUUAUGUUUUCGUUAGAAUGUCCAAUAAUGCAAGUCCUGAACAUUAUAAUGAACUUGAGGAUGCAUUUAUGUCAGACGCCACAUUUAAAGUUGAUAUAAGUCAGAAAAUGAAAGUGCCAAGUAAAAUAAGUUUCGGGGGCGAUACCCCUAAUGGUAUAAACUUAUGGAGCAGUAGUGAAGCAAUUAAUAUGCAAGUUCCUGAAAGAAUUCUUGUUGUGGGACAACACCAACAUAUAGGAACAAGAGCUCCACCAAGAGAAAUCAUUUAUGAUAAUUCAAUUUUACCAAAUGAUCAAUACACAAAUGAAGUCAGGGUAGCUACACCACCUAGAACAUUGACACUAGACAAGUAUCCUUUCCCUAGAGUAAGUGCAGAAGAGGAAGAACCUGAAGAGGAAGAGAAAGAAUUUGCCUUUGAUAGAAUACCAGUAGUAAGAGCAAAGACUAAAUUUGAUUUAAAUGAAAGUCUAAAUGAUAGCCGUAUUUCUCUGAGAGAAUCAACACCUCCUAUUGGUCAUGGUGAAAAACUAACUCCCGCAGAAGAAAUUUAUCACCUACGCUGUCAAAUGGCUAAGCUUAAUAGACGUAUUAUGGCUCUUGAAUUAGAAAAUUUGAACAGACUUCAAAGAGAAAAGAUCUUGUAUGGAAUGGGAAUUGCUUACUUCUUAUUAAAAGCUAUUAUAUGGUUGAAUAGGUACUAAAAUAAGGUGCUCCAGCUAGUUUUGCCUCAAAGUUCAUCUUCUAUGUGCCAUAUCUUUAAUUUUAUCAAAACAGGUUUUUUUAUGCUACCUAUAGUAUGUUCAUAUGACCCACCUGUUAAUUAUAAAUGCACACUUGAGAGUUUUGAGGCAAAAGUUCAUCCCAAAGUUGAUAAAAUUAGUAUUGUAUAAAAUAAUGAUUUGUUAGUAAUUGUAUGAAAACUAAAUUAGAUGACAAUUUGAAUGUUUUAUUAAAUACAACUGUAUUUAAAUAAAUAAGUACCAAAUAUUU